UUUUCGAAGUUUCGCUAUGGCACUAGUACUCGUAAUAGCUAUGCCGGUUAUUAACGGCCAAUCGAGCACUACAUGCACCGGUGCAAUGGUCCGUAACUUCACCCCUUGCAUUAGCUUUCUUGCGAGCGGAUCAAACACAUCAACACCGUCCGUUGAUUGUUGCAAUUCGCUUAGAAGUCUCAUGAGCAACGGUCAAGAUUGCUUGUGCCUUAUGAUCACGGGAGGGGUGGCUUUUCAAGUCCCUCUAAACCAAACCCUAGCAAUGUCUCUUCCACGUGCUUGUAAGACCUCGGGCGUGCCGAUUGAGUGCAAAGAUACACAGAAUCCAGGUGAGGGUGGCUCAAGUAUGUCUCCUCCUAGUAAUAAAGCACCAGUUGAUCCACGGUUUUCGCCACCGGAAAGUGACAUCAUACCGACUCUGACACCGCCGGGAUUUCGGCCUAUUUUGACUUCGGCGGCGGCGCAUCCAUCGCAUAUUAAUGUUUUGCCAUCUCUUGUGGCAGUUUUGGGAUUCAUCCUCUUCGUCAAGGGCUAUUGAUAUUAUUUGUGAUUGUGUGUGUAUGCUUUUCUUUUUCUUUUUUGUAUUUUUUUUAUUAGAAAAAUGAUUUGUUGAGAUAA